UGAUGAUUGGGGACGCAUGGCGAUGAAACAGAGAUUGGCCGUUGGGGUCUUGGAGGAGAUUCGACGGCGGACGGCACACAAUUGGCCAUGAAACUCAGCUUCGAUUCUUCCAUUCAAAGUCAGAUUUUCUUUGAUAGAUGAAACUCUUCACAUAUCAUUCUUCUUUUUCUCAGAUUUCAAUUCAAAACUCCAAAUCUCGAUUACAUUGAAAAACAAAUCAUAUUAAAUAAAAUCGCUAGCUUCAGACUCAGCUUAUCUGUUCAGUGGCUUUCGAUUAAAUAAGUAUGAUAGUUUUAUUGCCCGGGCACAUUUUGAAAGCAAUCCAAACCAUUCAAAGUCAAAACUUAAAUUCAUUUCGAUUGAAUAAAAUGAAAAGGGAAUGCAUGUUACUCACCUUCUUCCUCCUUCAUUCAGUCCUCUCUAGCGGAGGCUGAAGAGCUGAAUGAAAGUGGACGGCCAGAUUAUAUUGAGACGAACGGUCACGAUUUCUCCUCUUUUAUAAAACGGUGCACUUUAAUGCUGAGUGCCUGGUGAUCUGAAUUGCUUCUUCCGGGCUGAUAGGAUAGGUUCGCGUCAUAAACCCUACUUCUUAUUACUGAAUUACUGGCACCUCAAUUCUGGAGAUCCAGUUCGCAACUUCAUCUAUGGCGCUCCAAGGAACUGCCCUCUCCUUCAGUGGACUUUCUUCCACCACGAAAGAGUUUAACUUCUUGCCCGGUUCAUUUAAUGAUAGCUUUGGGAAGCUUCAACAUGUUUCUCUGCCUUCAUUGACAAAAAACAAGGUAGUCUUGGGCAAAAGCUUUGGAAGAUUGAGGAGACUAGUUAGAGUGAAACGAGAAGACUCUGAGAGUAUGUGGAGCAGUGAGAGCAUUGUACUGGAUGAGCAAACUUUGGAGGAAGAGCUACAUAAUGCCAUUGCAGAAGAGAACUAUGCUAAAGCAGCAGAAAUCAGAGAUGCUCUGAAGAACCUUCAGAAAGACAUUAAGGCCACGGUAUUGGGAGCCAACAGCCGGUUUUACGAUUCUUUUAGGACUGGGGAUCUUGCAGCAAUGCAAGCUCUUUGGGCCAGAAGGGAUGAGGUAUGCUGUGUCCACCCUGGCUUGAAAGGAAUAUCUGGUUAUGAUGAUGUUAUAGAGAGCUGGAAUUUUGUUUGGGCAAACUAUGAAUUCCCAUUGGAGAUUAAGCUAGAAGACAUCAAGGUUCAUGCUAGAGGGGACAUGGGAUAUGUCACAUGCAUGGAAUUUGUAAAGACAAAAGGAGGAAGAUGGGGAGGACAGUUUGUGACAAAUGUGUUCGAGAGGAUUGAUGGCCAAUGGUUCAUUUGUAUUCAUCAUGCUUCCCCAAUAGACUUAUGAAUGCUUCAAAGUUUGCUUCUGACAUUCUCCUUAUCAAUUUUGUUUUGGUUUUUCACUUUGGCUGAUGCUUCGCUCUCAUAUUCAGAACUCAUUUUUUAAGUUACACGUGUACUGCAUACAUAAUCUGUUAAGAGUUGUAAUAUUUUGAUGAAUAAAUGAAUCCAUGAUAUAUGGGAACCUGCCUCAUACCGUUUUGCCCGGUCAUGCCAGGUAUUUACUAGGUUCACCAUGUCAUGGAAUGAAGUCCAAGAUAUUUAAGUUCAA